CGAUUUCAAACCCUAAACCCCAUCAAAGCCUCCCCAAAUUCGCGUUAGUUUAUUUUGGGACUAAGUGAAGAUGGGUAUCAUCGAGAAGAUCAAGGAAAUUGAAGCCGAAAUGGCUCGCACACAAAAGAAUAAAGCCACAGAAUACCAUCUUGGGCAACUCAAGGCAAAGAUAGCAAAACUAAGGACACAAUUGUUAGAGCCUCCAAAGGGCUCUAGUGGAGCUGGAGAUGGUUUUGAAGUUACAAAGUUUGGGCAUGGUCGUGUUGCAUUGAUUGGAUUUCCCAGUGUGGGGAAGUCAACACUUUUAACAAUGUUAACGGGAACACACUCGGAAGCUGCAUCCUAUGAAUUUACCACGCUUACCUGCAUACCUGGGAUUAUUCACUAUAAUGACGCCAAAAUCCAGUUACUUGAUCUUCCUGGAAUUAUUGAAGGGGCUUCUGAGGGAAAGGGUCGUGGUAGACAGGUCAUUGCGGUUGCAAAGUCAUCUGACCUUGUGUUGAUGGUUCUUGAUGCUUCAAAAAGCGAGGGGCACCGACAAAUACUAACAAGAGAAUUGGAGGCUGUUGGGUUGCGUUUGAACAAGAGGCCCCCUCAAAUUUAUUUCAAGAAGAAAAAGACUGGUGGCAUUUCCUUCAACAGCACUUGCACAUUGACACAUGUUGAUGAGAAACUUUGCUACCAAAUCCUUCAUGAAUACAAGAUCCAUAAUGCAGAGCUAUUAUUUCGUGAGGAUGCUACAGUUGAUGAUCUAAUUGACGUCAUAGAGGGAAACCGAAAGUACAUGAAGUGUGUUUAUGUCUAUAACAAGAUUGAUGUCAUUGGUAUUGAUGAUGUAGACAGACUGGCCAGGCAGCCUAGUUCAGUUGUCAUCAGCUGCAAUCUGAAGCUUAAUUUAGAUAGAUUACUGGCAAGAAUGUGGGAGGAGAUGGGGCUUGUGAGAGUUUAUUCAAAGCCACAGGGCCAACAACCAGAUUUUGAUGAACCUUCUGUACUUUCCACGGAUAGGGGUGGAUGCACGGUAGAAGACUUCUGCAAUCAUAUACACAGGAAUUUGUUGAAGGAUGUAAAAUAUGUGCUUGUAUGGGGAACCAGCGCGAAGCAUUACCCUCAGCACUGUGGGCUUGCCCAUAAUCUUCAUGAUGAGGAUGUUGUUCAGAUAGUAAAGAAAAAGGAGAAGGAAGAAGGAGGGAAAGGUCGAUUCAAAUCUCAUACAACUGGUCCUGCUCGUAUAGCUGACAGAGAGAAGAAGGCUCCCCUUAAAACAUGCCACAAUGUCCUCCCCCUCAAAAUCCCUAACCAAAACCCUACUAAUCUACGUAACCCUAGCUCUCCUCCUCCUCCUCCUCCUCUCCUCCCACUCCCCCUCCAGCGGGACCACUUCGGCCUCGAUCACGCCCCGGCCCACGAGGCCCAGCCCGAAUGGGAGGACUUCGUGAACGCCGAGGACUACAUCAACGACGAGGAGAGGUUCAAUGUUACCCACCGGAUUGUGCUGCUUUUUCCGAGGAUCGAUGUGGGGCCCGCUGAUGGGUUUGUGACCGCCGAGGAGCUGGCGCAGUGGAACGUGCAGCAGGCGAUGAGGGAGGUGAUGAGGAGGACGCAGAGGGAGAUGGAGCUUCAUGAUAAGAAUAAAGAUGGGCUUGUUGCGUUCAAGGAGUAUGAGGCGCCGAGUUGGACGUCGGCUUUCGGGGAUGACAAUGCUUCAGCUUCUAUUGGGUGGUGGAGGGAGGAUCACUUCAAUGCAUCAGACUUGAAUGGGGAUGGUCUUCUUAAUUUGGCAGAGUUCAAUGAUUUUCUACAUCCGGCGGAUAGUACUAACCCAAAGCUCAUUCACUGGUUGUGUGAGGAAGAACUAAGGGAAAGGGAUAAAGAUAAAGAUGGGAAGCUUAACUUUCAAGAGUAUUUUCAUGGACUGUUUGAUUCAUUACAGAACCAUGAUGAAGUUCAUAAUGCAUCUGAUACUUCAGAAACAUCGAAUGCUAAAAAGUUAUUUCAGGAGCUUGACCUCGACAAGGAUGGGUUUUUGUCAGUAGAUGAACUAAAACCUGUUAUUGGCACACUUCAUCCUUCUGAGCAUUAUUAUGCAAAACAUCAAGCUGAUUAUGUGCUAGCACAGGCAGAUGCUGACAAGGAUGGUCGGCUAAGUUUAAGGGAAAUGAUUGAACACCCAUAUGUGUUUUACAGUGCCAUUUUCAGUGAUGAUGAUGAUGAAGAUGACUUUCAUGAUGAAUUUCGUUAAUGGACCCCAGAUAGGCACAGAGCUUCACCAAUCACUUAAUACUCAGCAAGAAUUUAGUCCAGAAAGUGGUUGAGAAGUCUUUCAAGUUAGUGUUCUGAUAGAAGUCAUUUUUGGGUCAGAAUUUAGCUCACUCCAACUAAAGGUCUGGAAUCACUAGGCACAUACGCGCUAUUCUUUUUAAUUGAUUCUAGUUAUUAUUACAUCGGAAUUUUACCUCCCCAGCAUCUGAUGAUAAAUGUAAAAUAGAAGAAAUACCAUGUACCAUUUAGAUACACUACCUGUACUAUAUUGUGGAUUUUGUUACUAAUAUUACUUCUUUUAGACAUCC